UCCAGCUGGAGCGACUACAUUAAGUAUCUCCUGGUCACGAGCAACCUGCUCUUCACUGUUCUUGGUCUGGUCAUGCUGGUCGUCGGCUUUUGGGGCCUGAUCAACAAAGAGUCCUUUGCUCAGGAGAAGAUCAGUGGCAUUGGGACGGACCCUAUGCUGCUCUUUGCAUUCCUAGGUCUCGUUCUGGCCCUGCUGAGCUUGACGGGAUGUGUGGGGGCGCUGCGGGAGAACAUGUGUCUGCUUCAGACCUUCUCAGCUACAGUUUUACUCCUGGUGGUGACUCAGGUUCUGACGGCGAUCGUGUUGUACAGCCUGCAAGGUCAGAUCGUGGAGUACUUGCGCUCGGGCAUGUUGGCCGCCAUGGUGCGGUACCAGGACGACCUGGACCUGAGGUUCAUCACUGAUGAGAUCCAGACGGGCCUACAGUGCUGCGGGGCUGAUACCUACAGAGAUUGGGAAAUCAAUGUGUAUUUCAACUGUUCUGCUCCAGUCCAGGCGUGCGGAGUGCCCCCCUCGUGCUGUAUAGACCCCCUAGAGAAUGGGACAGUGUGGAACACCCAGUGUGGAGUGGGUGCACAACAGCUGGAUGAGUUCUCAGCCCAGAGCGUGAUCUUCCUGGGCGGCUGUCUGGGCAGCAUCUCGCGCUGGAUUGAGCAACACAGUGGAGUGAUUGUUACGGUAGUCAUCAUUCUGCUGGGCGUCCAGAUACUCACUCUAUUCAUAACGACCCAUCUGCUGCAGAAGAUACAGUGGAGCAGAGCUCAGCAUGAUGCAUAUUUACAAUCACUGCAAUAAAUGGAUUCAGAUGUUUUUAAUAACAGAAUAUUGUACCAUGGGGAUAAUAAUUCCAGAAAAAUGCAGAAUUCACUGCAUCUGACAUCUGGAGAUGUUAAGUUGUUUAAUCUGCAGACAAACAGUCUAGGAAUUUUAUAUAGCAUGCAAAAUCUUAAAGGCAUUACAAGGAUUUAUUUGGUUUUCAUUGUUUGUAUAUGCUUUCAUAAAACAUCUAGCCUAUUCUUAGUCCGUCAAGCUAUUCAAAAGUAUAAAUCUUGCAAACAUGACUGUUCUACCUAGCAAACAUGAUUUUGUUUGUUGUUUCGAAAGCGCAGUUUAUAAUGCAACACAUAGUGAACAUUAUCAGGUCAACUUCUGUCAUGUAGCCUAGAUGAAACUGUUUGCAAAAAAUCUAGCUAGAAAAAGGUAACAUAUCAAUAGUGAAAUUAAAUAAUGAAAUAAUGAAUAAUGAAAACUCUGUCAUUAAUUACUCACCCUCGUGUCGUUACAAACCCGUAAGACCUUCGUUCAUCUUCGGAACACAAAUUAAGAUAUUUUUAAAUGAAAUCCGAAAGCAACCACCAUGUUCAAGGGCCAGAAAAGCAGUAAGGACAUUGUUAAAAUAGUCCAUGUGGCAUCAGCGGUUCAACCGUUAUUAAAAGAAUUAUAUAAUAACAACUCUAUUCAACAAUUUUUAUCUUCCGCGCAAGUCUUCGACGCGUGCUCACGACAGUAACACGACGCAUGGGCGUGCAUUUCUCUUCUUGCAAACAAGGCGCAGCACAUCCGGGUUCCCUAUCAGUCGGUCACUCCGAGUUACGGCGGUGACGACGUGAUGUCUUCGUUUCUUCCUUUAGGGAACGAGGGUUACAUACAUAACCAAGACGUUCUAUGUCAGAACACACUAUGUGUUGUGGUACUCUUGUGACAGUGCAUCGACCGACACAAAAAAGAAGAGAGGGAAUUGUUGAAAGUCAUUUUUGUUUACUUUGCGCACAAAAAGUAUUCUCGUAGCAUAAAAUUAUGUUAUAUAUAACAAUAUAAAAAUGUGUUCAAGUAUUGGUUGACAUAAUAUAAUUUUUCCAAAUCGAUGAUUCUAUAACUAUAAGGCUCUAAAAGGUAAAACCUCGAUAAUGUUUAAAAGAAAACUGCAGAUGCACAUAACUCAUGCAGUAGAUUGCGACACAAUGCAUGCGUCAAACAUAAAUAACUUGUAUUCUGAACAACAUAAUUAGUUACAAAGAGAGAUAAGAUUUUUAAAAAAAUCCAAUUUGCACUUGCCUUACGGCUUGGUCAGUUACCCGGAUGCACGCCCAUACUCUGGAGAUAGUCGGAUGUUAAGAACAGCAUUGAUUGCAUUUUGACAAACUAAAGUUAAUAAUUAAGACACGUACGAGCAGUGUUAAUUAAGAUAUUAGCCUUACAUUUCACCUAGCUGACCGAAAAUGAUAAGAACAAACACAAAUGUUGUCAAGACUCUUGCCCUGGAAAUCCUGGUUCAGUUUGGGCAACAACAAACACCUUUUGUUCCUUGAUUUGUUAUGACUUUGGGGAGUCUAUAGUACUCAAAAUGUUUUUCCUAGUCCGACCGAUUAGUACAGCACAAAACAUGACAAUAAUUGAUCAUUUUCAGCAGAAAUAAUCAGCAAAAUCUGCGAGUUUCCUUAGAUUCAGUGGCAUUGUUUACGUUUUGUGUCGCCAAUAUGACCGACUGAUGACGCGGAAACCCUCUGUUCGCGUUCUAAACAACAUUUCUUUAAAUACAAAAAGAGAUACGAUAAAGAAAUUUUAGAAAUAAAAACCUGGCAUUAAAUACUUAGCCUAUAUAACAUUAAAAACUUCACUCACACGUUUAUUAUUAAACUAUUCUUUCGAUAAUGUUUAAACAAGCAACUUGCCUGAGUAUCGGUUUAAUGGCACAAAAGUUUGAAUGUAACUCAGUGGCCCUCUUGACGGACUGAGGGACUUGCAGCAAACAUAAUCCAUCUUUAGUGCUUCCGUCUGCGUUCGCUUAUUUGCAUAAAGCGUGUUACUGGCCCAAGAAUUUAUAUUUUACAUCCAUAUUAGCCGUACACAAAAAUCAUUUAUGGUUUUAUAUUGGUUCUUUAUGUAAACAUUUGUGCUGGUGUCUCGCAUUUUUCACGGCGUCUCGCACGUGUUUCGGCAUUCUGAAAGUUAAAAGUUCAAAUUAUGCAGACCUUGUGUUUUUUUUUUAUUGCACCAUUCAUCUCAUGUUUUUAAACGCAAAAACACGUUCUGUGUGA